AAUCUUCUGAUCAUAAACAUAUUGAAAUAUAUUGAUCUUAUAUUUCAAUCUUCAAACACUCUUGAUCUCAUCAUAAUCAUUAUGGCUUACCCUUAUGAACCACAACCUAUGGCUUACCCUUAUGAACCACAACCUAUGGCUUACCCUUAUCAACCACAACCUUCCCCCUCUGAUCCGAUGCUGCCACUCCCCGCCAGCAUAUACGGCCCUCAAUACUGUGCUCCGUAUGCGAUAGAUCUCGCCAUCGUGAGAAAAGUUAUGACAAUUUCAGAUGGAAACUUCGCCGUCACUGAUGUCAACGGCAACAUGGUCUUCAAUGUUAAAGGCUCUCUCGUAACCCUCCGCGACCGCCGCGUCUUGCUUGAUGCCGCCGGCAACCCCAUUACCACCCUACGUCGCAAGAUAGUAACUAUGCAUGAUCGGUGGGAAGCUUUUAGGGGUGAAAGCACAGAAGCUAAAGAUCUUAUAUUUACAUUGAAGAGAUCAUCUCUAAUCCAAUUUAAGACCAAAUUAGAUGUGUUUUUAGCCGGUAACACAAAAGAGGAUGUUUGUGAUUUUAAAGUCAAAGGUAGUUGGCUCGAACGUUCUUGCAUGAUUUAUGCUGGUGAAUCUAACAACAUUGUUGCCCAGAUGCACAAAAAACACACUGUUGAGAGUGUUUUAAUUGGUAAAGACCAAUUCAUGGUUACAGUUUAUCCCAAUGUUGAUUACGCUUUCAUAGUGGCGUUAAUUGUGAUUCUCGAUGAAAUCAACUUGGAUGACGAGGACUGAUUAGAAGGCAUUAAUUAUGAUUAGAAGAUUGAUGUUUGAUGUUUAUUCAUGGUUUAAAUAAUUUUUUUAUUUU